CUCUUCUUGUCGUUUAGGAUAAAGUUCACAUUUCAAAGUGUUGGGCAGCAGAGAUCUAGAGAGGAGAUCCCUUUGAUCUGGGCCGGGGAGAUCAAAGUGCAGCGGGCAACAAAUUCUUCUGAUGAUCAAUUAAAAUCAUUUUCAAGUCUCCGCAUCUCGUCUGCGAGGUGUCAGGGAAUGAAACUAUCACUGGAACCAGGUCAGAUUGCCGAACACGCCUCGUUUCCACGACACUGAAGGGCCGAAAGAACUACAAGACCUCUAAACGGAUUAACGGUUGACUUUGUCUCAUCGUAAAUCAUAAGGAACCACUCGUCUCAAGUGUUUUCAAGGGCGUUUGUCGAUAGUCUCAAGAUGACUUCUACGACUUGUUUCGCAGCUGUGGCUCUGUUGACAAUCUCUUCCACUUUGGCUGCUUUAGCGGAAAGCGACAGGGAUAGAAAUAGCUCAAAGGCAAGAAGUGAUAUCACAGAACUCGGCUCGAUUAGGAAGAAGACUUUACAAUGCCGAGAGGAAAGAGACUGUCAAAAGGGCGAGGUAUGCCAUACAAUUCUAAAUGUUUGCUUUGUUAUGCCUCAAGAGAAAAGCAGAAUGAAACUGAAGGUUGAAAAAAAGCCAACAAUCCCUUGCAAAAGUGACAAGAAUUGUAGCAAAAGUCAGUCUUGCCACGCCCUUUUUGGAUGUGUGGAUAAUCUUCCUGUUCCUGCAGUCACGACUUCACCCCAGAUAAGCGUGCCUAAGUGCAAAAACAGUGCUGAAUGCCCUGAUGGCCAAUAUUGCCACGACUUCUUCAACAUGUGUCUACCAAACUUCACAAUGUUCUUCGAAACAACGGCUUCUACGCCACGUGCUGGAUGCAAAAGUGACUCAGACUGUGAAAACCAGGGAGAUUUCUGUCAUAACUUGACCAGGUUGUGCCUUCCAUUACCCACAACCGCCAUAACCUCCUCUCCUCAAAAAAGCGCAUAUGCCUGUAAUUCCCAUGCAGAUUGUAAAAUGACCGAGUUCUGUCAUUUUCUCAUCGGAAUGCGGAGUCGAGAUAAAUCCGGAGGCCUUGGGCCGUACAAUAACUUAAAGUCUGCCCUCGGGGUAUGCAUUGCCCGAGCUUUAAAGGAUGUUCCUGAUGAUCCAAGUCCAUUGUCUUCAAAUUGCAGUCAUGCCGCAGAUUGCGGAAAGGGAAGGUGUUGCUUAAAGGAUUUAGGGUUAUGUGUGGGCUACCGCUUGCCUGGAGAGCUUUGUGUUGCAGAGGACGUCUCAUUUGCCUUUUCCUGCCCGUGCCUUCAAGGUUUUACGUGCAUCAGCAGGAGACGCCCCAUGCGACUCAGGAGGCUGGAGAGAAAGCUUAAACUGCCUAAAGAAGUAGUGAAGAAGCUGAGCUUACAGUUUCAUAAAACAAAUGAAUUUAGGGUUGGCAAAUGUCAGCUUAUUUCUGAUUGAGGUGUGGAAGCUCUCCUUAAUACCCAGCAUGGGCUAGUUCGAGAUCACAUUUUCUAAGUAACGAUGAUGGUUCUAUGAGAGAGGUUUACAGCCAUGCCAGAUCAUGCUGAUCUGGCAUGAAUAGACUUAUGUGUAGUAAAUAAAAAGUUAUUCAAUUUUUUCAGGAGCUAUAUUACUAGUAUGCGUAUUGUACAAAAUCGAUCGUUUGCCUUAGAUGAUUGACAAUUUUUUUGUAAAUAACUGAGGUGUUAUCAUAAUGACUCAGACAAUUAAAGGGAAACGUUAAAUCUGGCUCAGCUCCUUAAAAUGAGAAACGCUUAGGAGCAUCUUUUUUGUUAAAUCGUCUCGCUGCACUUUCUGCAGAUCUGUUACUCUCAAGCUCCAUGUCAUGUUUGUAAUUGUCAUUUAUUAUGGUGAUCUAUAUUAGCUUCAGCAUACCAUUCAAUGAGUUCGAUGUCAUCUACACAGACGACAUCAAGCGUUAUAGGUUAAGUUUCUCUUUUGUCUUCAUUGUUGUAUCCAAAGAAAUAAGAUGUAGCGAAUGGAAAUAGUAUCGUGAUUAUUCUCAAGAAUUAAUAAAUUGAUUAACUUAUAAUUGAAUAAAUAUUUUUAAUGAAAAACGGCCCAAGGAGAUGUAGUACAAGUGUGAAGGGAACACGAACUGAUGUAGGUCGUAUUCGUUAUUUUUUUUUUUUUUUCGGUAAGAAAUUGUCUCAAGUACGCCUUAGCGCGGUCGAAAAGAAAACAGAUCAUGGCCGAUUAAUAGAUUUUAAUAGUUAAUAGAUCCUAGGCUGAAGGAAAGUUUCAAUUAAUCUUUGAUGCGAAUAAACGAUCUCGCUGUAUAGGUUGAAGCAGUGAAAUAAAUGAUUCUAGACAUUCAAAAA